GAGCUGGAUAAAUGCAGGAGUCCUGAGUUGCACUGUGGAAUGCUGCAGCCUGUGCUUCCCUGGGUAAUGUUAUAUCCGUACAGCCUGGGCCCAGGGCGUCCUGCAGGUCUGUUCGGUUCCUGAGUCUCUGAGAGCUGCAGAUCUGGGACCCACCGGUCCAGGACACUAUGAUCUGUAUACUGCUGGUGGCAGGACACGGCACGUUGCUGGAGAGCCACAUAAAGAAUGAUCAGAGCGGGUUAUACAGUUUUCUGGAAGAUGUCCCCAAAGCUCUUUUGCCCGGUGUGGGGGGGAAGAAGAUUCUGGAUUACUGGUGGAAAGCUGUGAACACGAGACAGCUUUUCAGUGAAGUCUACCUAGUGACAAAUGCAGACAAGUACAAACACUACGAGCGGUGGGCAACAGCCAAUGACUUCCCGGUGGAGAAUAUCAUCAAUGAUGGCACCACCACCUAUGACGCCAGGCUUGGUGCAGUCGCUGACCUGGAACUCGCUAUUUCCAGCAAGAAGCUAGAUGAUGACAUCAUGGUGAUUGCUGCGGACAUGUUGUGCGCGGACCAAAAUUUUGACAUGGCUCAGGUGCUGAAGUUCUUCAGGCUCAAGGAGGGAGAGCUGGCAAUUUAUUAUGAGAUGGAAGAAGGUGAAAGCACGUCAUCACGGGGGAUCGUGGAAGUGUGCCCAGAUAGUCAUCGGAUCACGCGUUUUUUGGAGAAGCCUCAGCAAGGACAGACGAGCUCGAGAAUGGCCAGCGUCGUGUUCUACUGUUUCCAGAGACGGACGUUGCCCAGCCUGGAGACGUUCCUGACUGCGUUCCCAAACACAGAAGAGCGAGUGCUGGGAAGAUAUAUGGAAUGGCUAAUAAACACCGCUGGCGUUCCGGUAUACGGGAUGAAGCUACCUACAGGCUUUCAGCUGAUCGGACAAGUGGGAUUACCGGAUUACACGAAGUGGCUGGCUCAUUACUCUACUCUGAAGAACGAGCCCCGGGUGAAGGCGAUCACUUGCCGCGCAUACGCCAGGAUUGGCAUCAUUGGGAACCCCUCGGAUGGCUAUUACGGGAAGACCAUCUCUAUGACCAUCUCCAACUUCUGGGCAGAAGUCACUAUCUCCGAGAGUAAACGGCUGGUUUUGGUCCCGCAUCCCUUAAAUGACCCGACAGAGUUUGGAAGUUUGCUGGAUUUAUACUACAUCAGCAGGAAGGAAGGAUACCUGGGGGGGCUGCGGCUGCUACAGGCCACCUGCAAAAAGUUUUAUCAGUACUGCUCUGAAAAGGGAAUCGCACUGUCCAAGCAGAACUUUACCCUUAAGUACAACGUGAACAUCCCCCGACAGGUGGGUUUGGCUGGAAGCAGCGCAAUUGUGUCGGCGACUCUGAAAUGUCUCAUGAAGUUCUACAAUUUAUCAGACGAUGAUCUUCCAAAGUCUGUGCGUCCAAAUUUUAUUCUGGAUGUUGAGAAAGAAGAACUGUUUAUAACAGCCGGGCUGCAGGAUCGGGUUGUUCAGGUCUAUGAGGGUCUUAUAUAUAUGGACUUCAGCAAAUCCAUAGUGGAAGAACAGGGCUUUGGAAAUUACGUUCCGAUGGACAUCAGUUGUGCCCCUCCCUUUUGGCUUGCCUACCUGCGAGACCCUAGUGAUUCGGGAGUGAUUCAUAAUAACGUCCGGCAGCGAUGGCUGAAUGGUGAUGCUCAUGUUAUUGAGGCCAUGAAGAUCUUUGCAGAACUCACCGAUAAAGCAAAAAACGCAUUAGAGGAGAAGAAGUGGAAGGAGCUGGCGGAACUGAUGGACAAGAACUUAGAAUUAAGGAGAUCAAUCUUCACGGACGCGUGUUUGGGUCAAGGAAAUCUGAAGAUGAUAGAAAUAGCCAGACAGCACGGGUGUGCGGUCAAGUUCCCGGGCAGUGGUGGAGCUGUAAUUGGAUUAUGCUUUGACCCAAAAAUAUUGGUGGAGCUAAAGAAAUCAUACCAAGAGGCCGGCUUUGUGUUCUGCCCUGUGGUUCCCUACGACCCUGAGCAUCCGGACCCUAAUGCUGGGCCGCCAGCUGGUAGAAGCUGAAUCAUUUUUUUUAUAUUACACUGUGAAAAGUUUGUCCUAAAAAAACCAAAAACAUUUGCUGUAAUUUUCUAUAAUAAAUAAAAAGUGACGGUGUGAAGGAA